CAGAAGAAGCGGUCUUGGUCAGCAGAAGAGGGCAGACAUGAAGGGUUUUUUUCCGCCGUGGCCUUGGUCGCCGUGCUCUGCGUCGCUCACCCUUCGAGCUGAGCAGGGAGUGCUGCGUCCUCUGCCGCGCCCUGGCUAUGGGGGAGUGCAGACCUUGCCGGCUCCUUUGCCUGCCGAUCUGAGGUCCUCGCAAACCAGGCCUUAUGGUCGCCCUGACGUUCCCUCCUUCCAGCGACCUCAGAUCCAGCCCCAACACCCGUCCUCAUUCAAACAGACCAAACCCCUGCCUCGCCCUGUCACCCUGCCUGCCAAACUCCCCCAGGACCUCAAGCAGACGAGACCCGUCGUUCGCCCUCAGGCUCUGCCAGUAGUGCUCCCUGCCGGCCUUAGCUCACCGGGGAAGCAAACGAAACCCCUGCCUCGCCCUGUCACCCUGCCAGCCAAAUUACCCCAGGACCUCAAGCAAACAAGACCCGUCGUUCGCCCUCAGGCUCAGGCCCUGCCAGUAGUGCUCCCUGCCGGCAUUAGCUCACCGGGGAAGCAAACGAAACCCCUGCCUCGCCCUGUCACCCUCCCUGCAAGACUCCCAGAGGGCCACAGGCAGACGAGACCCGUUGCUCGUCCCUCUUACCACAGACCCCAAGUCCUACCAGCUUAUCCUUCAGGAGGAAGACAGACCCUUCCCGCUACACUUCCCGAGGACCUGCGCGGACCGAGCAAGCAGACAAGACCUGUAAUCCGACAUACAUCUGGAACGUGUCGAAACUGCGUCCAGCUGUCCUACGCCCGCCGCGACUUGUGCUGCAGGCGCCUGAACGCCUGCUGCUGAGGACACCCGCAGCCAAGGUCUCUGCACUCACGAGGACCUUUCCCACGACGAUCACCACAUGCAGAUCUCUUGACCAAUUUGAAUAUUGAGAUUGUUAUGCAAGUGAUCAUUAUUGUCAGAUCUCUUGACUCCGAUUUGAAUGUUCAGUCUGUAAUGCAAGUGAUCAUUAUUAUCAGAUUUGGAAAUAAAGAUGGUCAAAAUUCUUAAGAAAGGAAAAAUUAA